ACCGGAGCGCUCCCCUCCCCUUCCCAUUCCCCACUUCCCACUUGUUCUACAACCCUCCACCCAAACCCUAGAGCUCCAGGCCGGCCAUGGAUCCGUCCAAGCUGGGCGAGCUGCGCUCCUUCGUGGAGGCGUGCAAGAAGGACCCGGCGCUCCUCGCCGACCCCGCCCUCGCCUUCUUCCGCGACUACCUCGCCUCCCUCGGCGCCACCCUCCCCGCCGCCGCCGCCGCCGGAGCCAAGCCCGCCCCCAAGGCGAGGUCCAUGGACGACAUCGACGACGACGACGAGGACGAGGAGGAGGAGGGGGAGGACGACCAGGACAUGCGCGACCCCACCCCCGAGCCCGACGAGCUCGACGAGGACAUCGUCGAGUCCGACCUCGAGCUCGACAACGACGGCGUCGUCCACCCCGACCACGACGACGCGCCACAGAAGAUGGGAGACUCUUCCGUCGAGGUGACCGAGGAGAGCCGUGACGCCUCCCAGGAAGCAAAGGGCCAGGCAAUGGAAGCAAUGUCAGAAGGGAAACUGGAAGAGGCUGUUGAGCAUCUCACCAAGGCUAUACUGCUGAAUCCAACCUCAGCAAUCAUGUACGGUACCAGAGCAUCUGUGUUUAUCAAAAUGAAGAAGCCGGCUGCUGCCAUCCGUGAUGCGAAUGCUGCUCUGGAGAUCAACCCAGACUCUGCAAAGGGCUACAAGACUCGUGGGAUGGCUAAUGCUAUGCUUGGCAAGUGGGAGGAAGCUGCUCGUGAUCUGCAUGCCGCGUCAAACAUUGACUACGAUGAUGAGAUCAAUGCUGUGCUCAAGAAGGUCGAGCCUAAUGCACACAAGAUAGUGGAGCAUCGCAGGAAGUAUGACAGGCUGAGGAAAGAGAGGGCGGAGAAGAAAGCUGAGCGUGACAGGCUUCGUCGCCGUGCCGAGGCACAGGCUGCUUAUGAGAAGGCCAAGAGGAAGGAGCAAUCAUCAAGCCGCUCAUCAGGAGGCAUGCCUGGUGGAAUGCCCGGUGGCUUCCCAUUCCCAGGAGGCAUGGGUGGAAUGCCUGGUGGCUUCCCCGGAGGAAUGCCUGGUGGUUUCCCUGGAGGAAUGGGGGGUGGUUUCCCUGGAGGAAUGGGUGGAGGUAUGCCUGCAGGAAUGGGUGGAGGUAUGCCCGCAGGAAUGGGGGGCGGUAUGCCCGCAGGAAUGGGAGGUGGUAUGCCUGGAAUGGGGGGUGGCAGAGGAAUGGGAGGUGGUAUGCCUGGAGCUGGAGGUGCUCCUGGUAAUGUUGAUAUGGGUGACAUCUUGAACGACCCUGACCUGAUGGCAGCAUUUGGUGACCCAGAGGUUAUGGCGGCCCUUCAAGACGUGAUGAGCAACCCCGCCAACUUGGCCAAGCACCAGGCGAACCCCAAGGUGGGGCCCAUCAUAGCCAAGAUGAUGGCCAAGAUGAACGGGAACCGGUGAUCGCCCCAUGGGCCCUCGUGACCGACGGUUUUUGCGAUCAGCAGGACAAAAAAAACUCUGGUUAAGUGUUGGCAGUGUCUUUUUGGCAUCGAGAGACAUGCGUGUGUUGUCGGUUGGCGAUACUAGCGCACAGAGACGAUACGCUUGUUGGAUGGGGGAUGUCAUGCCUGGCUUUUUAUUAUGUGUUGGUAGUAAGUAGCGGUAGUGAACUUUGCGGUGGCUGAUGGUCUGUGGAUGCUUGAGGGUUUGACCGAGAUGAUGCGGCAGUUCCGUGUUUAUAUAUUUGGCGGAGAAGACGUUACAGCUGAUGAAUGAACGCUUUUUAUGCCUGCGA